GAAAGAUAAACAUGUGUGGUCGACUAAGUUGAGUUGAAAGAGGUUGAAAACACAUUCAUCUUUUUUGUGAAGAUUACUAAAGAUGAAGACUUUAGGGUUGUCGCAUCUUCUCCAAAUUCUUACCUGCACUCUGCUACUCACUCCGUCAUUUUCUAAAGAUGAUCGAAAGAUUUACAUAGUCUACAUGGGUGAAUAUCCGAAGGGCAUGGAACUCACAGAAUCACUGCAUACUAGUAUGGUUCAAAGUGUCAUCAGCAGAAAACUUGCACCAGAUACUUUGGUUCACAGCUACAAGAGUUUCAAUGGAUUUGUGGCGAGACUAACCAAAGAAGAAUCAGAAAGAAUGAAAGGAAGGGAUGAUGUGGUUUCUGUUAUUCCAAAUAGAGUCCACAGUGUCCAAACAUCAAGGUCCUGGGACUUUCUUGGCUUCCCUGAAAAUGUCCAAAGAACAAAGGUAGAAAGUAACACAAUCGUUGGAGUACUCGACAGUGGAAUUUGGCCUAAUUCCUCAAGCUUCACCGACGAAGGCUUUGGUCCUCCACCACAGAAAUGGAAAGGAACAUGUCAUAACUUCACUUGCAAUAACAAAAUCAUUGGAGCAAAAUAUUUUCGUCUUGAUGGUGUGUUCGCCCAAGAGGACAUCAUAUCUCCAACUGAUAACAUUGGUCACGGGUCUCACUGUGCAUCAACAGCUGCUGGAAACCCUGUUAGGAAUGCAAGUUUGUUUGGGCUUGGCUUAGGAACAGCAAGAGGAGGAGUUCCGUCAGCACGUAUUGCUGUGUAUAAAGUUUGUUGGACAAAUGGUUGUAGAACUGCUGACAUUCUUGCAGGAUUUGAUGCAGCCAUUAUGGAUGGUGUUGACAUUAUAUCUCUUUCAGUGGGACAUAAACACGUCAAACACCUGAAAUAUUUUGAAGAUGAAUUUGCAAUAGGAGCCUUCCAUGCAAUAAAGAGAGGCAUAUUAACUUCCCAAGCUGCAGGCAAUUCGGGUUCAAAACCUUACACAAUGUCAAAUCUUGCACCGUGGAUAAUUUCCGUGGCUGCUUCCACCAUAGACAGAAAUUUUUUAACCAAUCUCCAACUGGGCAAUGGCCGAAUCUUCCAUGGAAUUUCACUGAAUACAUUUAGUCCACAGAAGAGUUACCCUUUAAUUUAUGGGGGAGAUGCACCGGCUGCAGGAUUUAAUAGAUCCACAUCGAGGUUUUGCCGUGAAAAUUCUUUGGAUGGAGCUUUGGUGAAAGGGAAAAUUGUUUUGUGUCAUGGCUAUACUCCUUCUCAAUAUGUGGGAUUUGCUUCUGGGGCUGCUGGUCUUAUAUUCAGUAGUACAUUGCCUUUAGUUGGGGCAGGUGUAUUUGCAUUGCCAGCGAUUCGCAUCACCGCAAGUGAUGGGAAUUCCGUAUCUUCUUAUUUAAAGUCAACAAGUAAUCCAGCAGCUACCAUAUUCAAGAGUUACGAAGGAAAAGAUUCAUCAGCCCCUUACAUUGCUCCUUUCUCAUCGAGAGGUCCAAAUAUGGUCACUCCAAACAUUCUUAAGCCUGAUAUAGCAGCUCCAGGAGUUCAAAUUCUGGCUGCAUGGCCUCCGAUUUCUCCUGUUUCUCGCUUUAAAGGAGACAAAAGAGUAUCAAAUUUCAGUAUAUUAUCUGGAACUUCAAUGGCAUGCCCUCAUGUUACUGCAGCAGCUGCUUACGUCAAAUCAUUUCAUCCCAACUGGUCUCCUGCUGCUAUAAAAUCCGCGUUGAUGACAACUGCUACUCCUAUGAAUCCUGCACUGAAUGUAGAUGCUGAAUUUUCUUACGGUGCGGGGCAACUCAAUCCUUUGAAAGCAGUAAAUCCUGGACUAGUUUAUGAUGUUGAUGAAUAUGAUUAUAUUAGUUUUCUGUGUGGACAAGGUUACAAUUCAUCAGCGCUGCGAAUAAUUACCGGAGCUGAUAUAAUUUGCACAUCAGCAAAUACAGAGUCUGUUUUCAACCUUAAUCUCCCAUCUUUUGCUCUAUCAACCCCUCGCUCAAGCCACAACAAUGUCACUUUUGUUAGAACUGUUACAAAUGUUGGAUCAGUUACAUCCAAAUAUAGGGCCACGAUAACUGCACAUCCAUCUUCUUUGAAGGUCGAAGUAGUGCCAAAUGUUUUGGCCUUCUCAUCGUUGGGUCAGAAGCUGUCUUUUACCCUUAAGAUUGAAGGAAGCAUUAAUGCAGACUUGGUUUCUUUUUCUUUGAUUUGGGAUGAUGGCACUCUUAAGGCAAGGAGCCCCGUUGUUGUUUAUUUUAGUCCAACACAGAAGAGUUACCCUUUAAUUUAUGGGGGAGAUGCACCAGCUGCUGGAUUUAACAGUUCCACAUCGAGGUUUUGCCGUGAAAAUUCUUUGGAUGGAGCUUUGGUGAAAGGGAAAAUUGUUUUGUGUCAUGGCUAUACUCCUUCUCAAUAUGUGGGAUUUGCUUCUGGGGCUGCUGGUCUUAUAUUCAGUAGUACAUUGCCUUUAGUUGGGGCAGGUGUAUUUGCAUUGCCAGCGAUUCGCAUCACCGCAAGUGAUGGGAAUUCCGUAUCUUCUUAUUUAAAGUCAACAAGUAAUCCAGCAGCUACCAUAUUCAAGAGUUACGAAGGAAAAGAUUCAUCAGCCCCUUACAUUGCUCCUUUCUCAUCGAGAGGUCCAAAUAUGGUCACUCCAAACAUUCUUAAGCCUGAUAUAGCAGCUCCAGGAGUUCAAAUUCUGGCUGCAUGGCCUCCGAUUUCUCCUGUUUCUCGCUUUAAAGGAGACAAAAGAGUAUCAAAUUUCAGUAUAUUAUCUGGAACUUCAAUGGCAUGCCCUCAUGUUACUGCAGCAGCUGCUUACGUCAAAUCAUUUCAUCCCAACUGGUCUCCUGCUGCUAUAAAAUCCGCGUUGAUGACAACUGCUACUCCUAUGAAUCCUGCACUGAAUGUAGAUGCUGAAUUUUCUUACGGUGCGGGGCAACUCAAUCCUUUGAAAGCAGUAAAUCCUGGACUAGUUUAUGAUGUUGAUGAAUAUGAUUAUAUUAGUUUUCUGUGUGGACAAGGUUACAAUUCAUCAGCGCUGCGAAUAAUUACCGGAGCUGAUAUAAUUUGCACAUCAGCAAAUACAGAGUCUGUUUUCAACCUUAAUCUCCCAUCUUUUGCUCUAUCAACCCCUCGCUCAAGCCACAACAAUGUCACUUUUGUUAGAACUGUUACAAAUGUUGGAUCAGUUACAUCCAAAUAUAGGGCCACGAUAACUGCACAUCCAUCUUCUUUGAAGGUCGAAGUAGUGCCAAAUGUUUUGGCCUUCUCAUCGUUGGGUCAGAAGCUGUCUUUUACCCUUAAGAUUGAAGGAAGCAUUAAUGCAGACUUGGUUUCUUUUUCUUUGAUUUGGGAUGAUGGCACUCUUAAGGCAAGGAGCCCCGUUGUUGUUUAUGUUCCAUAAAUUUUCUGCUACUAGCACUUGUCAGUAUAACAAAGAAACAACUUCAAUGGCAAUGAUUUUGUUUCUUUGUAAGGCCACAGAAAUAAUGAUAAAGUGCUAUGUAAGCCAGGAAUAAAAUCAAGAUAAUAAUUUCUCUUA